AGACAACCCCGUGUUGUGUCGCGUGGGUAUUGCACGGCACUCCGGCCUAACAGACACCCCGUCAUCGCCCACUACAUCGCCACCAGCGUUUCCACAGCCGGGACAGACCAAAACGCCGCCUGCGGAGCCACAGCUCUGAGAGCUCUUUACAGGGCCUGCAGGUCCACAGAGGUCACCUCUCAGAGCGCCUUCUGAGCAGAGGUGAGCUUCACCCAGCAACUCCCUGCUUGUGCACACCAUGGGCGCUGGCCUGCUGUAAGAUGACCACCCCUAGCAAUCUCCACCAGCUGGCCCUUUCCAACCACUCACACCCAGAUGAAUACAAAAUCGCAGCCCUGGUCUUCUACAGCUGCAUCUUCCUGAUCGGACUGUUUGUGAAUGUCACCGCACUAUGGGUUUUCAGCUGUACAACCAAGAAAAGAACCACCGUCACCGUCUACAUGAUGAACGUCGCUCUGCUGGAUCUAAUGUUUAUACUGAGUCUACCCUUUCGGAUGUUUUACUAUGCAAAGGGCGAGUGGCCAUUUGGAGAGUAUUUAUGCCACAUUCUCGGGGCCCUGGUUGUGUUCUACCCAAGCCUCGCUCUGUGGCUUCUCGCUUUCAUUAGUGCCGACCGAUACAUGGCCAUAGUGCAGCCCAAAUACGCCAAGGAGCUCAAGAACACCUGCAAAGCGGCGCUGGCCUGUGUAGGGGUGUGGGUGAUGACCCUGACAACCACCGUCCCCCUGAUACUGCUCUACGAAGAUCCCGACAGGGCCGCCUCCCCGGCCACCUGCCUGAAGAUCUCUGACAUCGUCCACUUGAGAGCUGUCAAUGUGCUCAACUUCACGAGACUCGUGUUUUUCUUCCUAAUCCCCUUGUUCAUCAUGAUCGGGUGCUACGUGGUCAUCAUCCACAGCCUCCUGCGUGGGCGGACCUCUAAACUGAAGCCUAGGGUGAAGGAGAAGUCCAUCCGCAUCAUCGUCACGCUGCUGGUACAGGUGCUAGUCUGCUUCGUGCCCUUCCACACCUGUUUCGCCUUCCUGAUGCUACAGGGGGAGGGAGGCAGCUACAGCCCCUGGGGAGCCUUCACCACCUUCCUCAUGAACCUCAGCACCUGCCUAGACGUCGUCCUCUACUACAUCGUUUCCAAGCAAUUCCAGGCUCGAGUCAUUAGCGUCAUGUUGUACCGCAAUUACCUACGAAGCAUGCGCAGGAAAAGCUUCCGGUCCGGCAGUUUGCGGUCACUUAGCAACAUGAACAGUGAGAUGCUGUGAGUCAGAGCGGAGAGGCCGGUCUCUGAUCUCUUUAAAACUCUUUUUCUAUCUACUUUUGGGUGAACCAGCAUUCUAUAUUACCCAGUCCCUUCUCUGGUUUAAAAAAAAAAAAAAAAAAAAAAAGGAAUUAUAAUAAUAAUAAACUUAAGAAGCCUCUGUGUUGUUUUAUUAUUC